AGACUUCCUGGGUAGAUUACACAAACUCUUGACUCACUGAUGGCUGCUACUGCUACAUGCUGUUGCUGUCAUCUAAUGCUGCUUUCACUUACACCCCGACACAUUCACUGAAACUUGAACAUCAGUGUUUCCAUGGAUAAACUUGACUUACCAGAUUGACGGAGAUUUCUGGGGUGACGGUGGCUCCCCCUGCCAACCUCUGGGAGGCACUCCUGUUCAUCAGGUAAAGCGCUACAUCUGCAGCACAGUUAGCCUAUCCUGUCCACACAUGCGGCCUGUCAGUGAGGAUGAAGGGAAUCCUCCAGCGGUGACUCUUCAUGUGAGAUUAGACGGUAAUCCCUCACUCCCAAUGUGCAUGCGCAAACUCAAGUGCGUGCGUCGGCCGAGGGGCGCUUCGGUGUUAAUUCAACCGCAAACUGCCUUCAUUCUCCAGAUCUGCUCUACAGUAUGAGUAUGAUGAAGUAAACCAGCUCCAAAGGAUUUAGUGACGACCUGCUUAUCUGCACAACACGACAACCUGCAAGUGGAUUGAGCCAAAAAAACAGACCUGGGCCGGACGUAUGCCCAUACUAGCUAAUGGACAGGAAGUGUUCACUUGACAUGUCAGUAUCCGUAUCAAGGACAGGAUGUCUAAAUGUGAGCUGAUUGAGCUGAAGGACCUCAGUGUAAAUGAUCCCAUUGAACUGGCUGCUCCGACUGUCCACGUGGCCCCACCGCCUGUGAACCUUGGUCACCCCAGCCCCUUCCACGUUGUCCGUUUGGUGGGGGACAGCGUCAGCAUUGAGGCGUCCGGGUAUCACACUGGUGAAACUGGUGUGGGUCACGAUUUCCAGCCCUACAGUCACACACAUCUGACCUGGUGUGACCUCUGUGGAGAAUUCAUCUGGGGUGUUUAUAAGCAGAGUUUACGCUGUGCCAACUGCAGCUACACUUGUCACUACCGCUGCCGAGCGUUCAUCCAACUAGACUGCAGCGCACAUGAAAGUGUGUUCACAGAGCCUGUAGAUGACUCCAUCGAGACGGAUACAAAUGUGGAUGAAAAGAUUGAGUUGGGAAAACAGGAGUUAAGUGCUGCUGAGAUUCAACAGAGAGUCAAGGAGUACAAUGCUCAGAUCAACAGCAAUCUCUACAUGGUGGAUAAUAGAGACGGGUCCUACACUGGCUUCAUCAAGGUCCACUUUCAGUUACUUCGUCCCAUCUCCCUCCCUCCUCCUCAGAGCCUGACCUCGACGCAGGAGAGCGACCAGCCGGGCAGACGGAUGAGUCGUCGGACAUCUUUCUACCUCCCCAAAGACACUGCAAAACACCUACAUAUAAGCUCUGAAACGAGGGUGCGAGAGGUGAUCGAGGCGCUGCUCAACAAGUUCACUGUGGUGGACAACCCAGCAAAGUUCGCCUUGUUUGAACGCACAGAAAGACAAAGUCAAGUGUACAUGCGUAAACUGUCUGACGAUGAACGUCCUCUUUAUCUGCGCUUGUGUGCUGGACCCAGUGAAACAGUGUUGAGUCUGGUUUUGAAGGAGAAUGAAACUGGAGAAGUAAAUUGGGAUGCAUUUAGCUUUCCUGAGCUCUGCAACUUUCUGCGAAUCUUGCAGCGUGAGGAAGAGGAGCACGUACGGCAGAUUGUGAAGCGCUACGCUCUUGCUAGAGACAGGAUGAAGCAGGCGAUGGCCAGAAUAACUACUCCUGGUUGACACUGAGACAUUCAUCCGAUUCUCACAUUUGAACAUUAAAAGAACCUUUUGCCUUGAAAAAUAUCACAGAUCAGUAGGAAAAUUGUAUAUGUAUAAGGAAAGAGCUUGGACAACGGUCAUGUUUUGAAUAUAGGUUGUUAAUAAAGCAGGGAUGCUGCUGUUACAUUUAAUGUGAACCACCUAAAGAACCAGGUCAAGCUACGUUUGUGCAAGCAGAGCUGCUGUUUUUGAACUGGAUCAGCACAAAACAUAAAGGAUUCUGAUUUCCUUAGAAACCAUGCUGCUUGAUUAGAUUAUUUAUAGUGACAUUAAAGAAGCAUUUUAGGGUUUUCUUGUAAUUUAUCUGGUCAUUUCAUGUGAUAUUUAGGAUCCUCUAUUGGUUGUUUUUUUUCUUCAUUUUUGGCACUUUAAUAAACCUGUGAAAUUGAGCUGGGCAAGUUGAAAUGUGUUAACAUCCAAAUGAUCUAAUAAACAAUGAUAACAAACUGGACAA